UCCACCGGCAACAGACCCAUGGCGGAGCGUGGGGAACUCGAUCUGACCGGCACCAAACAGAAUACCGGAGUGUGGCUGGUCAAGGUUCCUAAAUAUUUGUCACAGCAAACGGCUAAAGCCCCUGGAAGAGGUGAAGUUGGGAAACUGCGGAUUGCCAAGAAUCAAGGAAGGAUUGAGGUGUCAUUUACUUUGAAUGAGGAUCUUGCAAAUAUUCACGAUAUUGGUGGAAAACCAGCUUCAUUCAGCACUCCUAGAGAACAUCCGUUUGUCUUACAAAGUGUUGGAGGACAGACAUUAACAGUCUUUACUGAGAACUCAUCAGAUAAACUUUCAUUGGAAGGAAUAGUGGUACAAAGAGCUGAAUGCCGACCUGCUGCCAGUGAAAACUACAUGAGAUUAAAGAGAUUGCAAAUGGAAGAAUCUUCCAAACCUGUAAGGGUAUCACACCAACUGGACAAAGGUGUGACAACCAAUUAUAAACCUGUUGCUAAUCAUCAGGACACUAUUGAAUAUGAAAGGAAAAAGAAAGAAGAUGGAAAACGAGCUCGAGCUGAUAAACACGUUUUAGACAUGCUAUUUUCAGCAUUUGAGAAACAUCAAUAUUAUAAUCUUAAGGACUUGGUGGACAUCACAAAAGAGCCUAUGGGGUACCUAAAGGAAAUCUUGAAGAAAUUGGCGUUCAGAAUGUAAAAGGGACCCACAAAAACACAUAGGAGCUGAAGCCAGAGUAUAGACAUUAUCAAGGAGAAGAAAAGAGUGAUUAAGAGGACCUUAGCCAGCAAGCUAACAGAACAACUAAAGGGUGAUGAGCUGAGGAAGCACCACUGAUACUCAAAUACUUGAGUACCAUCUGUUGUAGGGGUAAAAUGACUGGAACUUUAAUUUCCCUAGGUAAAUUUUUUAAACAAUAAUUCUUGUAAAGUUACAAGAAUU